UCCUGGCCCGCCCACAUGGCCCACUCGGGGCGCCCCAGGGGUCCCCACUCUGCAAGCCCGUCCAGGAGCAGGCGAGACCAGCUGGGAGCCUCCCCUGGCAGGCAGCUUCCCUGCGGUGCGGAGGAUGAUGAGGACUGGGAAACCGACCCGGACUACGUCCAUGACGCCAGCAGGCCAUGGAGGGAGCGUGAGAUUUCGACCACAUCCAUCAUUUCUGAUCUCUCCAGAUCCAUCCGAGACAUCAGCCUUGGGAAGUCAAGCCCGCAUAGUGCCAAGGACGGUGCUGAUCGCCAGAACCACCCCUUGGUUUACCGAGAUCCAGGAGGGAAGCAUGCAAAGGCCGUGGAGGGACACCGACCGCCGCUCUGCCCUCACGUGCAUUCUUCACCCAGCCUUGGCAUCGAGAGGUCCUCCCUCUUCAACCGCAAUGCUGCAGAAAAGCUGGACACCUUUUUCUCAGAGAAGCUCAAAGCGUGGGCUAGUGAUACUGCUCGCCUGUCUGACACGGAGGCUGCCCAGGAAGAGCCCACCAGCUCCAACACACCCUGGAGGACAGCCAAAAAGGGGCCUGCAGACCACGAGCAAGCAGCUGGGAGGCACAACCACAGAUGGGCAGCCCACGGAAGAGGAAAUGUGGGGGCCCAACAGGCCAAUAGUUCUCGUGACUAUUACGACCCAGGCCGAGAUCCCCACCUAAGACACCCCCGGCACAGGGCAGAGGGCAAAGGCGAGGCUUCGGAAGGUCUCCUCCGCAGGCAGGAGGGCAGUGGGCCCUCCACAAAUGUGGGCAGCUCAGCCAGGAUUCUGCCGCAGUGCCGCAUCAGUCACGUCCGGCACUGUAGAGCCUGCCAGGCCUUCAAUCAGGAUGGGCCGGCCGGCAAGCACCGCGUGUGGGCCCCACUGCAGGAAGAGGAGGGUGCCGGCGGCAGCGUUCCCCCUCGGAAGGACAGGACUCAGCCACCUGGCCAGCAGCAGGUCCCGGACCGUAUCUCAAAAGUUCAGCGGUGGUUGGAGAAAACCCCGCUGGGACCCCAGCCAGCCCCCCUUUGGCAGCAGCAGAAGCACAGGAUCCCCAAUCUGGCGAGCCCAGAGGCUCAGCGGCCGCUCCCUGCUUACGGCUCCCCAGCACAGAGGGAAGGGGGGCCCUGGAGCCAAGCCCUGGGUGCUGCCGGAGACCACCAGAGUCGGGGGGUCCCUGCUGAGGCCAGACUCCUAAGGAGAAGUGAAACUAUGGUUGAGUCUGUCCGUGUGAGGCUACGGGGCUUCCACCGCGUCUUGCUGUUCGUGGACGCGUCUGCCGGCCCUCUGCCCGCCUGUCCUGCGCAGUGGCUGUUACCGUCCCCGCGGCGGAGCCCGCUGCUGGCAGCCCCAGCGCGGCACCCUGCAACCUCUCCUCCUUUUCCCACGCAGCCAGCCGCACGGAUCGUCUCCUGCGACGACGCCAGCACCUCCCCCGCCACCUGCUCCUGCCUCUUCUGCGAGCGGCAGCGGCCGCGGGCCCAGCUGGUGGCUGGCCAGGACGAGCCGGACCCCUCGGCGGAGGCGGUGGCCGCCCGGCUGCAGGCGGAGAACCGGGUCCCGCGCAUCGUGGAGGCGUUCGAGCGACGGUCCCUGCGGGAGGCCAAGAUCGCGGAGCGGGAGCGGGCGCGGGCGCGCCGGGCCGCCCCGCAGCGGGACUCGGAGAGGAAGCGCCAGGCGCCGGCGAGUCGCUGCAAGCCCAGACGGGGGCCCCCGGGCAGCGGCCCCGGGGAGGCGCGCGCCCCGCACCCGAAGAAGCAGGAGGAGCAGCCCCGGCACAGGCCCGGCGCGCGGAAGGAGGGGGAGGCCGCGCGCAGGCAGCCCGGGCUCCUGGACAGGCUGCGAGGUCGCUGCUAGCUCCCCGGGCGAAGGGAGCGAUCUCUGAGCGCAUCGCGAGGGGUGCGGGAGAGUCCGCACCCUUGCGGGCGGGGAGGGGGGGCAGCCAGCGGAAAGCUGCCCCCGGGCAGGGCAGGGCCGGCUGGUCCUUUGCAAGGGGUAUAGAGGCCAACGGGGCGGCGGCGAGCAGCCUUGUCCCUGCCCCGGAGCCAGGCGGUGGCUCUUGCCCCGUUUGGCAGACCUCCCUGGCUUUCCUGGGCCUGUUGGGAUCGGGGGUCCUUGCCGGUCACGGAGCAUUGGCCAGCGGGGGAGUGAGCUGCGAGCAGGACCAGGUGUGCCGGCUGCUGCGGGGAGAUCCUGGGGGCAAGAGGCAGCAGCUCGCACCUGGGGCCUUGAGCUGGGAGCCAAAGCGCCCCUCCCCACAGCUCUGCUUCCGAGCAGAACUCAGAGAGAACACCUGGGCUGGCAGAGCUCUGCAAAACGGAUCUUCAAGGAAGGAGCAGUUGGCUUAAUGGUAGUCUGAGGAAUAAAUCUUGGUGACGAUCCAGCCCGUAGUAACAAAUUCCAAAGCUGAAUUAUGCAUUGGGUGAAAAACGUGUUUCCUUUUGUCUGUCCUGAUUCUUCCAGGAGUCCAUCUCAUUGGGUGGCCUCUGGUUCUAGGAUUUUGGGAAGGGGUCGGUAGCUUCUCUUAUCCUCCUUAUCCACAACAUGCAUUCAUUUUAUACACCUCAGUCCUGUCCCUUCUCAUUCACUCCCUUUCUAGACUAAAAAGCUCAAAUGUUGCAGGAGACAAUCACAGCUGGGGUGGAGAAUCAACCCAAGUCUCUCUAAAGUUGCCAUGUAGUUAGUGGCUGUGCUCACGCAGCACACUUAACCAGGUCAACCACUUGCACAACACACUUAAGCCCUCACAAAUCUAGCAGCUGUAUUUGCGCAAUGUGGAAUACUGGGUUAGUUCAAACCCUGGUUAUUUUAUUUUUGUGGCAGACUGAGGCUGUUUCCUUCCUUUCUUCCUUUGAUUUGGAGACUGCCCAAUUCUAGAAUGACUCAGGGUGGCUUACAACUUGGAAGAACAACACAAAGGAACUAGGUGUCCAGACAACAAUAUCCCACCUAACCUAACACCGGUAGAGCACCACAGUGGUUCAGUGUGUUCUGCAAAGCCAUAAGCAAGGGCUAAUUCAGAUCGGGAGCAGGGUGUGAUCAAGGAGCCCCGAUGGUGCAUUUAAAAUGCUGGACUCUCGGUGGAGUCUUGGACAAGCCAACACUUGCAGGUGAGACGCCAGCAGCAGCUCCCUUUGUCAGCCUUCCCAUAUACUGGACUGUAGCCUCACACAUCUGGAAGGCCCAGGUGAGAGGCUGCAGCCAAGAGGUCAUGAGAAGGACAAGAGGUGGAGCAAAGAAACCUGGGAUGGUGGUGGAAGCAGAUCUGACCAGUGAGGAAAAGCUCCAAAGGAAGAUUGCACCAGAGUGCCCUCUCUGCCCAGGACCCAGCCCCACUUGGUCUACCAGAAUCCAGGCAUAGGAGAUGCCUGGCGGGGAGGGGGAUCCCCCUCUCUCCCUCGAAGGGGGGGGAGUGGGGGAU